AUGCAUGAGCGAUUGCUGGAAAUGGUGUCGAGCAGCACCAUCUUCUGUGUUCUGUUCGUCAGCAAUUAUUGCAAACGUGGAGAGCAACCAUUUAUGCCAUUUUACUCAGCAGAACUUGUUGCAGAUGGUGUCGAGCAAUACUAUCUUGUCGCUGCUGUGUUCUUCAUCAUUCUUUGCUUGCUGUGUCUUCCAGCAUUUGUUGCGUAUAGUGUCGAGCUGCACCAUCUUGCUGUUGUUCUGUUCUUUCACUAG